ACAUGAAGACCGGAAGCAGUCAGGUGGAAUACCGGAAAUUGCUUUUGUUGACGAUCGAAGAUUUGUUUUUAGGCUUCUUUGAAGUACUGUUAACUUACCGUUUUCUCUAUUUUCCGACAUUCAUUACUUCAUUGAAUCUCGUUGCGUCAACCACAGAGGCAUUCAUCCUGUUUGACUGGAAGGUUUUCUUAUAAAGAAACCGAAUCAUUUUCUUCACUGUAGCCAGGCCCUAGGCUGGGCUAACGUUAGCCUAGCAUUCACUGAAGUCCUGCUAGCUAGCGUUAGCUUGUGUUAGCUGCCCCCCCAGCUGGAUUAAAAACUCAGCUGUUUACUCACCUUUCAUAAGGACGGUUAAAACAAACAUUCAGUAACCAUGGCAGUUGUCAACGAAGGUGCCCUGAAGAAAAUGCUGAAGCAAUAUAAAUACAGAGACCUGACUGUUCGUGAGAUAACCAAUGUGAUCUCCCAGUACAAAGACUUGAAGCCGGUUAUGGAUGCAUAUGUGUUCAAUGAUGGCUCCACAAGAGACCUGAUGAGUUUAACAGGAACAGUCCCAGUGAGCUACAGAGGCAAUGUCUACAACAUCCCAGUGUGUCUGUGGUUGCUGGACACAUACCCCUACAACCCUCCCAUAUGUUUUGUCAAACCUACCAGUGCCAUGAUGAUCAAAACUGGCAAACACAUUGAUGCCAAUGGCAAGAUCUACCUGCCUUAUCUACAUGAGUGGAAGCACCCUCAGUCAGACCUGUAUGGUCUAAUUCAGGUGAUGAUCGUGGUAUUUGGAGAGGAGCCUCCUGUGUUUUCUCGCCCUACCCAACAAGCCCCUUACCAAGCCUUCCAAGCUGCUGGGCCCCCUAACCCUUCCUACAUGCCUGGCAUGCCUGCGGUCUCACCUUAUGGUCCAAAUCCAAACCCAGGAGGCUAUCCAGGUUACCAAUACCCUGCCGGCAACUCUUACCCAGCCACUGCUGGCCCUGCACACUACCCCUCCCAGACUCCAGUCUCCACUGUGGGCCCAAGCAGAGAUGGCACCAUUGGUGAGGACACCAUCCGCGCAUCUCUGAUUUCAGCUGUAAGUGACAAACUUCGCUGGAGGAUGAAGGAGGAAAUGGACAGAGCUCAGGCAGAGCUGGAUGCUCUGAAGCGAACAGAGGAAGACCUGAAGAAGGGACAUCAGAAACUCGAGGACAUGGUCUCAAGACUGGACCAGGAAGUGACUGAGGUUGACAGGAACAUUGAGUUGCUGAAGAGAAAGGACGAGGAGCUAAGUGAUGCCUUGGAGAAGAUGGAGAACCAGUCGGAGAACAAUGACAUUGAUGACGUCAUUGUGCCCACAGCUCCACUGUACAAACAGAUCCUGAACCUGUAUGCUGAGGAAAAUGCAAUUGAGGACACUAUCUUCUACCUGGGAGAAGCCCUCCGCAGGGGUGUCAUAGACCUGGAGGUUUUUCUCAAGCACGUACGCCUUCUGUCCAGGAAGCAGUUCCAGCUCCGUGCCCUCAUGCAGAAAGCUCGCAAGACUGCUGGCCUUAGUGACCUCUACUGACCCACACUGACUACCUGGAAACAUUCAUAUCUCAAUGCUUUCUUGCUCUCUUCUCUUUCCUAUCUGUUUUAUUCCCUUUUGAAUGUCUUCUUGUAGUUCAAACACCCAAGCCCUUUUUAAUUCUUUAUAAAACUCUGUCCUUGUGAGACAGAAAUCUCAAUAGCAACAACAAAUAAUUGAAAAUACAACAUUUAUGAAGGACUGUUGUUUAACAGUGAAAUUUCAACCUGUGUGGUCACAGUUGUAGUUCGACAUUAUUUGUAUUUUGAUCAGACAAAAUACAUGAGAUCAUUAUGCAGUUACAGUCAUGACCCAGACAUGAUACCAUUUCUUUUUUGCCCCAAUAUAAUAUUAAAAAAGUCAUCAUGUUGUGAACCAGUCACUGUGGUUGACACAAAAAGAUGCUUAACACACAUGCCAGAUUGGUAAAUUGAGGUGCGAGACCUCUGUGUGACAGUGUUUGUGGUGUAACUGGGUUGGCGUACAGAGCAAGCUAGUGUGUCAACCUGUAUACGCCACACUCGAGGGUACCCCACAGGUUCUGUUAGCAAUCCAUUUUCCAGACAAAGUCUUUUGGCUAGUAAGCACAAAUUGUUAGAGGCCAGUAGACAGGGGCUUUGUAGAGAGCCCCAUAUGUCCACGCCCCUCCUGGUGAAAAGGUUAGGCUCUGGUAUAAAUACCCAGGGCAACCUUUCAGGAAGGUCAGGGGUCAGCCUCAUGAUUUAAUGUUGUAUGAGGUCUGGGUCAUAUUCAGUAGCCAUCGAGUCACUUUUUAUACAGUAGAAGUGAUGAUAAACCUGAACUGUGUUUCUUCACUGUCUUGUUUGGGUCUGUUAUUGAGCUCCUACGGCACUUGCCAACACUAUGUUUUUCCCUGUCCUGUAUGUGUCUCUUUACACUAGUGUGUGUGUGUGUGUGUGAGGAUCUUUCAUUGUAUGUCAGCUGCUCAGGUCUACACUCUACUUUGACUUCUAGGCUGCAUUAACCAGUCAAUCAUGUACAGUAGCUGUUUUACUCUGUUUAAGGUGGACGACAGUCUUGACAUACUUAAAUCUAAGAUGUUACAAAGGAAAUUCUGUAUUUUUCUUUCUGUUUUCCUUGUGCUGUCUAAUCAUUCUCAGCUCUGAUGAGAAGUUUAGGUUUUCAGUAAAAUUAAGGAAAAGGUUGUGUAUAAAGUGUGAGUGUUGGAGGGUACAAAAAAUAAAGAACUAUUGUACUAAUCAAAACUUAACUUAUGUAAAGUUUGCAAACAGGUCUCAUUUAAAUUAGCCUUUUACUAAAUGCACUUUGAAUUGUAUGAUAGAAUAUCUACUGUUUUUUUUUUCUUGUUUCCAUUUCAAGUAUAGACCACCAGUUCUUUUUUAUCUGUAGAUUUAUGUAAAUCAGUUCAAAUAAAAUAAAUCUGAUUUAAUGGCUCAUUUCUUUGCAUUUAUCUCAAUGAAUCAGAAGUCUGUUAUUAGUAGCUGUGCCAAUUGUCAGUCAUAGUGACAGGCCUAGUUCAAGUAUUACAACAUAUUGUUUUUAUAAUAAUGGGAUGGACAGUUUACUGAGUCAGGACACUUGGCAGAUGAGCAACAUUUUGUCUGUCACAGCCGCAGGACUGAUUCAAAACAGAAAAUUCACCUCGCCAUGAUGUGUAUAGAAACAAGUGACCACAUUAUGUUCACCUGCAUAAAAACCUCUUAUCUGUUUUGUUUUGACGCAUAGGUAUGCGCUGAGUCAGCUGCUCUAUACACACAUACAAACUGCCUUUUGCUAGUUUGGAUGGCAAAAACAGGAAAGGACAAAGAACAGUCUUGUAUCAUUAUCCUGGCAGGUUUAUUUGAUGUUACAGCAAAUAAAAAUCAAUAUCCACCUGCCAUGACAGGUACAGUGCCUCAGUUGUUGAUAGACCAUAUUUUAUGUUGUGACAUUGAUACAUAAGGUCUUAACAGUAUUAACAGCUUUAAAUAGUACCAUAUUUUCUUCUCAAAGUUGAUGUCCUUUUUCACGAGUCAGGUGGAGAAAAAUAAAUACAAAACCCUUUGAGGGUAUUUAGGGUGCACAAACAACACCAGGAUUGUUAACUUCUGUUAUGAUUCAUAACCUGACUGUAUGUCAUGAUCCAAGCUGACUCUUUCCACUGGCUCUCUGUUAUCUCUUUGCUAUGUGAAAUUGUGGCAGAUCACCUCGUUACUAACCCCUUUAAUUCUCUCAGAUGUAACCUUUGUUGUCUCUGGCCAGUUCUAUAAACCUUGCCUUUUAAGCAAUUUUGUCUGUCAGUGCACUUGUGGUUACCGGUUAGUUUGUUUACGAAGGCUUCAAUGCCAAAAAACUAGGUGUAGCAUUGCUUUUCUCAAAUGAUAAGGUACUUUGGUAUCACAGGAUUUUGGCCCAGUGAUAUACAGCAGUGUUGUUACGACUGUAGGUUGAUAGGAAGCCCUCUUCAUAGAGAAUGGAAUGUCUCCAUUAUACUCCAAAUAAAAAAAUAAACAGAGAUUACCAA